AUGAGAGAUCCACUUGUACCAGGGGAUAUGGCACUCCAACCGUUUUUACCAAACACUGCUUCGGAUUUCACCCUCGACGCAAUGCUGGCCCGACAACCUCCGUUUUUUCCUGCCAUUGCAUUAACUUCCCACGGGUCUCUUCACUUGCCUGUUGCGCAAAGGCAUCCCAUGCUGGAUCCGGUCAAUGCUGAAACGAUCCUCCGCAAAGCCUCGCUGGAACCGCUUAAUGCAACCCAGUCUGCCAAGCUCAGUCCUCCUAAAACGCUGGAGACGGUAGCCACGGAGGAUGAUCCAAAAGUUCACUUGGAUGCAAGGCACCUUUGGACACAAUUCCACAAAUUCGGCACUGAAAUGGUCAUAACAAAAUCAGGAAGGCGCAUGUUUCCACCGUUCAAAGCAAGAUGUACUGGCUUGAACCAAAGGGCAAAAUAUAUUUUGCUCAUGGACAUUGUGGCGGCCGACGACUUCAGGUACAAGUUUCACAACUCCCGUUGGAUGGUGUCAGGAAAGGCAGAUCCUGAGAUGCCAAAGAGGAUGUACAUACACCCAGACAGUCCCGCUUCUGGCGAGCAAUGGAUGUCAAAAGUGGUCAAUUUUCACAAACUAAAAUUGACAAACAACAUCUCGGACAAGCAUGGGUUUACGAUUCUUAACUCAAUGCACAAAUACCAGCCCAGGUUUCACGUUGUGAGGGCCAAUGACAUCCUCAAACUACCUUAUAGCACGUUCAUGACCUAUGUCUUUUCUGAGACAGAAUUCAUUGCUGUAACUGCAUAUCAAAACGAAAAGAUCACACAAAUGAAAAUUGAUAACAAUCCUUUCGCCAAAGGAUUCCGUGACACUGGCAAUGGCAGAAGAGAAAAAAAGUGA